UCCCGAUGAGCUAAACCUUUCCGCUAUCCCCUCAAAACGGGGCCCCCGUACCUCCGCUUUCCCCGUCCCGCAUCUCGUGUGACAGGGUUUCUCUCAGCUUCCCUCUUCCCCAUACCCGAUACUUCGUCCAUGCUAUUUAUCAGCAACCGCUUCGACCGUUAAUCGUGUCGACCGUUACGCGCUUCGACGAGUCGCGUCCCGUUAUCCGACGGAUUUCGCCACCUCGAGAGACUCGCGACCCGCUACCAACUUGACGCUUAUCGCCCUCCCUUCUGCUUCCCGCUACCCGCGUCCUGCUUCCUGCUUCCCGCCCUUCCGCUCUCAUCCAACUUCCUGCUUCCCGCUUCCUGCUGCUUCCCCCCUGCUUCCCGCUUCGCACUGCUUCCCGCGUCGCCCUGCUUCCCGCUUCACCCUGCUUCCCGCUUCGGCCUGCUUCCCGCAUCCCCUUGCUUCCCGUUUCCCCCUGCUCCCCGCAUCCCCCUGCUCCCCCCUCCCCCCGCUUCCCGCUUCGCCCUGCUUCCCGCUUUCCCCUGCUUCCUGCUUCCCCCUGCUUCCCACAUCCCCUUGCUUCCCGCUUCCCCCUGCUUCCCGCUUCCCCCUGCUUCCCGCUUCCCCCUGCUUUCCCUGCCAUCCCUUCUAUCCCUGCGAUCCCUCUUACCCCUGCUAUCCCUCCUAUCCCCCUAUCCCCCUAUCCCCCUUGACCCUCCUAUCCCUGCUAGCCCUGCUAUAUAUGCUGCUAUCCCCCCUAUCGCCCCAACCUCUCCUAUCCCUUCCUCCCUCGCUCCGUCCAGCCCUCUCUUGUUCGCUCUCCAUCACUCGCUCACCCCCUUCCAACGUCGCUCGCACGUGUCUAUCUCUCUCAAACCACCACCUCUCCCUGUCCCACCCCCCUCUCAAUGGUCGCCUCUCUCCUCUCCACAUCACCUUGUCCCAUCUCCCUUAUUUGGCGCUUUGUGCUUCCACUAUUCCUUUCCACAGGAGUAGGAGACGGAGGCCCCAGGUCUUAGAGUGAAUACUGGGCCUUGUCAUAGUGUAUGGACCAUGGAUGGGGAGAGAGAGAGUGUGUGUGAGGGAUGGGGAGAGAGAGAGAGAGAGAGAGAGAGAGAGAGAGAGAGAGAGUGAGGGAUGGGGAGAGAGAGAGAGAGAGAGAGAGAGAGAGAGAGAGAGAGAGAGAGAGAGAGUGAGGGAUGGGGAGAGAGAGAGAGAGAGAGAGAGAGAGAGAGUGAGGGAUGGGGAGAGAGAGAGAGAGAGAGAGAGAGAGAGAGAGGGGGGGGGGGGGGGGGAGGGGGGAAGGGGUAAGCGGGAAGCGGGAAGCGGGGAGCGGGAAGCGGGGAGCGGGGAGGCAGCGAGACGCGGGAACCGGAAAGCCAGAGGCAGCAGGCGGAAGGCGAUAAGCGGGAAGCAGGAGGCAGCGAAACACGGGAAGCGGGGAGCGGGAGGCGGGAAUCGAGAAGCGGAAGACAGCAAAACGCGGGAAUUGGGAAGCGGAAGACAACGAAACGCGGGAAGCGGGAGGCGGGAUGCAGCGGGAUUCGUUCACUUUCUUACCUUCUGUACAGCAGCCGCAGUCGUUCUCCUGCUCAGCAACAGCAACAACAGCAAUAUCAUCAGCAGCAACAGCAACAACAGCAACAGCAACAACAGCAACAGCAGCAACAACAACAACAACAACAGCAGCAACAGCAACAACAGCAACAGCCGGGUAUUAUUUUUCAGCCUCCAAAUUUACUUAACAGCACACAGAUAAAAACCACUAUACCUUUUAACGGAG